GAGGAGGAGGAUGAGCUGCCGGCGGAGGAAGCGGCGGGCCGCACAGGCUCUGCUGGACGGCCCGGUGGCUCUCCGUCGUACUUGCAGCAGAAUGUCGUUGUCGGCCACCAGGUUCAAAGCACCGACUUUGGCUCUGUUGCAGUCCAGGCACAAAACCCGCAUUUACGAGGCCAAGCAUUGAUCGCCAAGAGCGAGUGCUGUUGUGUGUUGAAAAAUUUUGGUUGCAUCGAAUUGAGAGAGGAAGCUGCUGACGGCAAAGACGGGCCGUCCAGUAAAACUGACUGUAUUACGAUCGUUAAUGGUUCGAUGGCAGUGGAUCAGCUGUGUUCUUCAUGUUGUCAUGUCGGAUAUUUAACAGCAGACAUUUCAUUUUGCUUGUGCAGAGAAGCAGAACUCUGGCCUUGUGAAUCGGUUUGGCACGUCAACGCUGGAAAACAGCAGAAUCUCUGUGUUAGGUGCGUUUCGGAAGCCAGUAGCAGCUAUGGGCACUCGCAAUCGGAGCGAACUGGCGGAGCAUGCAGAGGCAGCUCCUACUUCAGCAUUCCGAGUUUGUCUUUUGGUGGCACGACAAGUUUCCUCUGGGAAUUUUGUUUUUAA